AGCGAUUUUGCGCAAUCGACAUGUUUUUUCAAUUCAGCACGUGGUGUCUAUUGUCUUUCUAAUUGCAUUUCAGUACGUACACACUUUCAGACGGAAUAGGCGGUUAUUGUUGUUAUUUUUUAGUGUAGUUUGUGUUUCUACAAUGUCCAGAAAUCGUGCUUUGACGCAGAAAGAGUUAGAAGAAGAGAUAGAGCGAAUUAUGCAAAAUCUGUCAGAUGAAGCAUCUGCAUUAGAGGAUGACGACGAUAGUAUCGCAGACAGCAACUACAAACCUAUUGAUGAUGAAUCAUGUGAUAGUUCCCAUACAAACCCUACUGCCUCCCCCAUGCUUGCGCAAACCGCAGACACCAAUGACGAUGAGUUAUCCGUUACUUCUGGUACAAAUUCUCCAUUACCAGGAAGUAGUGCUGCCUCCGCGCCUAUGCCAAACACAGACACAGAUGACAAUUUAGCUGGUAACGCCGGCGCCGCCUCGGAUAAUAUGAUAUGGAGUAUUCCAACAGGAAAAAAUUUAGACCAAGGUCAUACUAUACCCACAUCUAUAGUUAUGAGUCUUUUUGAGCCUAUACUAGAUUCGGGCCGCACUCUUGUAACAGACAACUGGUAUACAAGUAUAGAUUUGGCAAAAAGAUUGAUGGAUAGGCAAACAUAUUUGAUAGGCACAUUACGAAAAAACAGACGAGGCCUUCCAAAAGACCUGGUCAACAAAAAACUUAAAUGUGGAGAGAUAGCCGCUCUCCAAAAUCAGGACGGUGUCACAGUAAUUUUCUGGAAUGAUAAACGCAACGUUUUAAUGCUUUCUACCAAACAUAGCAACACAACAGUAGACACGACAAACCGCAGACAAAAAACUGUAAAGAAGCCUGAAGCCAUUGUAGCAUAUAGCUCAGGAAAGUCGUCGUUUGAUGUCUCUGAUCAGAUGACAGCUUAUCAGACACCUUUGCGUAGAGCCUUUAAGUGGUACCGUAAGUUAGCCGUAGAGAUUAUCCUGAAUACUGGAAUGGUCAAUGCAUGGAUUAUGUAUAAGGAAACUGUGAAUGCCAGAAUUUCCUUACUUCAAUUUCGAAAAGCUGUUACAUACAAGUUAUGUCAAGCGCAAGACGAUGGGUUAGCAGAGCAACCAGAUGUUGAGAUGAUUCCAAAAAGAAAACGCCAUAAGCACGAAAUGGGCAAAAGUGAUUAUAAAAAACGAAGACCUUGCAGUAGAUGCUAUGAAAAAGUGAGAGCCGAGAAAGGAUGGAAAGAAGCACGAAAACUCACUAGAGGACGUUAUUAUUGUAAAGGUUGUAAUGGUGAACCGUUUUUCUGCUUAUCAUGCUUUAAUAAGUUCCAUAGAUAUGAAACUCCUUAG